AUGUCUGCUAGUUAUUGGAAUUCGACACAACGACAAAAAUGGCAAUACACACGAGAAUCGUUACUCUUGGAGCGUCAGAAACUGUGGAUUUUGGAGCGUCAGUUGUUCCCGCAGGGACUUAACGUGACGAUGGACAAUUACAAAGGGUCCAGGGAACCCGUGACGCGGAACAUCCCGAUAACACACCCAGAUUUGCAUUACGGACGAGAUUACAAUUUACGGAUUUACUGCUAUUUUCUUGUGAUGAAGUUAGGACGACGCUUGAAUAUACGACAAUGUGCGUUAGCCACAGCGCAGGUGUAUGUGGCCCGGUUUUUGUUGCGAGCCUCUGUGCGGGAAGUCAAUUUGUAUCUUUUGAUUACAACGUGCAUAUAUUUGGCGUGCAAAGUAGAAGAGUGUCCGCAACACAUCCGUACGCUUGUGAACGAGGUACGAUCGUUGUGGCCCGAAUUUGUACCGCCGGACCCGACCAAAGUGACAGAAUUUGAAUUUUAUCUACUCGAAGAGCUUCAGAGUUACUUGAUCGUCCAUCACCCGUACCAUUCACUGGAACAAAUCGUCGCAGCCUUGCGGUCGGAGUCGUAUACGCUGCAAGUGUCACCCGAGGAUUUCCAAAACGCUUGGUCUUUGAUAAACGACAGUUACAUCACCGACGUCCACUUGAUUUACCCGCCACACGUUGUGGCGAUGGCAUGUCUGUUUAUAACACUGUGCAUGCAAUCGACAACGCUUCCAGAACAUCAAAAAAAGUUCAAUAGAUUCAUGGCCGAGUCGCAAGUCGACUUGGCAGAGGUAAUGGAUACGAUUCAAGACCUUAUCACGCUCUAUGGCCACUGGGACAAAUACAACGAGCCCUGGAUGAAAUUCCUGCUACACACGCUCUACCUGAGAAACUAA